GGAUCUGCACUUACAAUAAUUUCAUCGGCAAAGAUCAAAUUGUGGCAUGACGGCCGAUGACGGUGUUACGGAAGGUACCAAGCCUUUCUCGCUGCGGCUCUUUUGGUUUUUGGAUCGGGCGCAAUCGUCACACGGCAUUCCUCAUCAGGACUACGCGUCGUAUCAUCGUUUUUGCACCGCUCGUCUCCAUCGGAUCCGCCACGCCAAGCCCGUCCGGUCUAUGUUGACGCACAACCACAAAUACGUCGAAGGAGCUUCGGGGCGUCGCCACGCGUACUGUCACCGCGAUGUCCCGCGAACUGUAGAUCACGAAAAUGUACUCUGGAACGUUGUGUGCCAAGCUGAACGGGCCUGGGCGACGGCGUGUGAAUUGCAGCAGCAGCAAAGCCUGGUGUCUGUAACUAAAAAGAAAAGCCCACACUCGAAUGUAAUGCGACGAUUGAAUAAGGCAUUGCAUUGGGCUAGCCAGCUCUCCGAGCUGGCCGGUACCUGCUGUGACGCAAAUACCGUUCAAGAGUGCCUGGCUUACCAAGCUUGGAUGCUCGCGAACAAGCAUCUCGAGCAAAAGAGGCACGCGGAUGCCUAUCGAUCGUUCAGGGCUGCUAUGACCACUUUGAUAGACUUGGCACAAACGGCAUCGACGGAGGGCUCUCCUGACGGCUUGGCGGCUGCCGAUGUUUGGACUACCAAAGCCGAAACGUAUAUUCGUCCGCUAGUACGAUUUUGCCAGUACGAAGCUCGUGACGAACUAGACUCCUUGGAACUUGAAGACUCUGCAAGUAGCACCGGCGCAUCGACUAAGGCUACAACGGAUGGUAUAAACAUCGCAUUUCGAGGAAAAGUUGUUUCUUUGGGGUCGUACAAGCAGCUGUCCGUGUUGUACUUGAAGAUGGAACAGGAGCUGGCACAUGCACAAGAACUAGAUGAAACGCGCUUUCUGCAGUUGCUUUCAGACUUAGACGAAGCUUUGCAUGUGAUCCAGUCUGACUAUGCCCACUACGAGUCCUUGCCUGCUGGACCUGCCAUCCAAGCGAAACGGGAUGAGCUGUUAGCCCUCAAGGGCUAUUUCAAUUACAAAAAACUUUCGGUCAUGCGUUCGCACCAAGAGCAGCUUAUCGAUAAAUUGAAAGACGAUGCUGAAAUUGUUCACGUGUACGACACACUUUUGCGAAAUGUGCAGGCCAUGGCAGAUCUGCCUAGUCAGCAGGAAGGCGAAGGGCUGAAUGCCCUGGCCGUUGAAGAAGAUCCUUACUGGCUGGAGGCACAGGCCCACGUUGUACGCAUUCGGGCUUUGCGCUGCUUUCAUGUCGCUCGUCUGUUUGAAUUUGUUCUAGAUGGCACCCCGAUGCAAGUUUUAGCAUUGCUCAAGCAGGCUCACAAGCUAGCCACACGCGCUGAAGAAGAGGUAGCUGCUUGUGAUCUGGAUGACAGCGAUGCACACAUGCAACAAAUGAAAGGUUUGCAAACAAAGAUAAAGACAAUGACUUGUCGAAUGCAAGCUCGACGCUACGUAGAAUUGUCUUCUGGUAGCCAUUCCUCAUCGACCAAUCGUCCCAUCUGGCUUCGGUUAAACGAUUUGGAUGCCGGAAUGGUCAUGGCAGAUGACCCUCCAAUGACUAUCCCAAUACCCUGCAAGCCUACAUUCUACGAUAUUGCGUGGCAGCGCAUUGGGGGAGAUUUCAGUAUGGAUGCAGUUGAUAAAGUUCUGGCCGCAAAUCAAUCAAAAAAGUCUGGAGGUAUUCUGGGCUGGUUCAAUAGCUGA